AUGAGCCGGCGCAAGCACUCGGUUGCAGCCCCUCUGGUCGCCGGUUUCCUGCUGCUGGCGUCCGCACCCACACUGGUUUCCGCCCACCCUUACCCUCUGCAAAAUGUGGCCAACAACCUAUUUUAUGAACUUGGAGACAAGUUCAUGAAGCGCGACUGCGUCCAGCGUUGCGGUGUUGACUCUCAAUACUGCUGCGGCUCUGGCGAACAGUGCUACACAGUCAACAAUAUCGCUGGCUGCAGCACCAUCAACGGCGGUGGGGGCUAUGGCAUCUUCACCACAACUUGGACCGAGACCAACACCUUCACCAGCACUAUCACAACAGAUUGGCCUGCAACAACAAAGGCCGGAGGAGGAGGGGCUGGAGGCACGUGUGUCCCACAGCACGAAGGAGAGACGGCAUGCGGCAGCAUUUGCUGCGCCGUCUAUCAGUACUGUGCCUACGAAGGGCAAUGCGCCCAGCGAGCUGGCUGGGGUGGGGGUAUCACCACCGUUACUUCUGGAGGCGUAACAAUCACUACUCAAUUCUCGGCCCCCUAUCGCAUCACAAGCACCGCAGCCACAGGAACCUUUGCAUCGGCAACCGCGACUGGAACCGGAACCGUUGUGCCCGUCACCGACGAGGGUACCGGCGGAGGUUUGAGCGGCGGGGCAAUCGCGGGUAUUGUUAUCGGCACUCUCGCUGGCCUUGGUCUGCUCAUGCUGCUCUGCUUUUGCUGCAUCGCCCGCGGUCUUUGGGGCCUCAUCUUUGGCGGCAAGAAGAAGAAGGAGCACAGCCGUGAGCGGGUCGAGGUCGUCGAAGAAAGAUACUCGCGCCACGGCAGCCGUAUGCCCUCGGCCCACUCCCACCGCCCCUCGCACACCGGCUGGUUCGCGGGCGGCGGUCGUCCCGCACCCGCUGCGCGCCGCAAUGAGGAGAAGAAGGAGGGCGCCAAGUGGUUGGGCCUGGGUGCCGCCGCCGCGACGUUGCUGGCGCUGCUGAACGUUAAGAAGGACAAGCCAGCGCGCAAGCCGCGGUCGAGCUACACGGAUUCGUACUACUCGUACACGGGGACAAGUCCCAGUGAGUCUUCAUCGGAUUCUCGGACUCGAUCGGAUCUGACGUCCUACCUAGGCAGCUCCAGCUCGGGUGGAAGAACUCACCGAACCGGCCAAACACGCGGUACCCGCACGACACGCCACUCACGGAGGUAG